UCCGGUGACGUUACUCCGGUGCGCGCUGCGCGGUCACUUGAGUGGCGGCUUUCAGGCUUCUGCGUCAUCCGCCGGUCGCUGCCGCUGUAUUAUACAGGACGGGAGAGAUGGGCGCCGCCGAGGCAGACAGGACGCUGUUCGUAGGGAACCUAGACCCCAGGGCCACCGAGGAGAUCUUGUUCGAGUUGUUCCUGCAGGCUGGUCCUGCAACUAAUGUCAAAAUUCCAAAGGACAAGGACGGCAAGUCAAAGCAGUUUGCUUUUGUCAAUUUCAAACAUGAGGAAUCCGUUCCCUAUGGAAUGAGUCUGUUAAAUGGAAUCAAACUCUUUGGGAGGCCCCUGAAAAUUCAGUUCAGAUCAGGAAGCAGUCAUGGUUCUGGAGACGCAAAUAGCGCAGCCUACUCAUCGCAAGGAAAUGGAAGUUUUGCUGUAAACAGUCCAGCAGCGCAUGACCGCAGACAUGAUGGCAAUGGGGAGUAUGUGAAAUACUCUGAACACUCGCCUGCUGUUCCAGUCUAUCAAAGAUCCUACUCUUCUCUGGACAGUCUCCAAAGACAAGCAAUGAUGAAUAACUUCUAUAGGUCAGAAACCCCUCAUGGAUCCAGCCCAGCAAUGAUGGCCCAGCCCAGUUUCUCGCCGUCAAAUUAUACACCUACCCAGAGUCGCUACAGUGGAUCCGAGCAUUCUCCCCCACACAGAUACGAUUCCUCUUCCAGCCACCGAAACAGAAGCCAUGGCUCUCACCCUUACCAAAAGGAAAGUUACCACAGCAAUAGAGACGCACACUACAGAGGAGGUCAGGAGGAGCACUAUUAUCAUGACAAUGAGGGUCAGAGUCCAAACCAUAGAAGAGAACCUAGGUGGCAUUCAUCUCGCCACUGAACUCCCAUGUCAAGUCUCCUUUUUAUGGGCUGUCUGUCCAGAAGUCCCUCUUUGUUUUACUUACACACUAUCUGAUCAGUCCUUUCCUUGAGCGGUUAGAUGUCUUCUAAAAGACCAGAGAAUCAGCCUGCAGCAGUAUAUUGUAAUAUUAUGGGCAGAUGGAUAUAUUGUCACAUUUUAUAAUCUGGCACGCAGUGUGGGGGUUUUUAAACAUAUUUUUUUUUUUUAACUUUUUAUUUUUUUAUAGAAAACAUAAUAACUGUAAAGUGAGGUAUAUACGCUGUUUCAGAAGAACAAAGUCUAAUUUUCAGGCACAUAGAAAAAAAAAUAUCAAAGCAAAUCUACAACUACACGCAUUGACGGCAGGCUUUAUGUGAGCUGAAAGGUCCUCAUUCUCUAUUGGUAUCGCCAUGUCUUAGUGGAUAGGUGUGCUGAAUAUAGGCUGUAUCCACACAUUUUAUCUCCUUAAACCACUUACGAUGGGACAGAACUAACUGAAACAUUGGCCUCCGUUGGUUGAAUAGUUCCUGAAACGGUCAUUCCUUUAUAGUGGCGUCACACUGUGUACUUAUUUGGGAGUAUCUUUUAAAAGAAAUGUGUUUUGUUCCCCACUUGAUUUUGGAAUGGAGGAAGUUCUAAAAUGAAGAACUAAAAAAAAAAAAAAAUUCUGGAAGUGUUAAAAUCUACAAAAUGUUACUGUUUGACAUUUUGCUAAAACAAUUGGAUUUAUCGUUUAUAAAAUGUUUUGAUACCUGUCAUUCCAAGUGGGUCAGUCUUAUGAGCGAGCAUGGUCAGUAUUUCAAAGUGUCCUGUAUGUAACACAGAUUCGGGAGCUCUAACAAAAUCCUGCGUUGUGCAAUGCUGUGUGAAGGUAUUGUAGAAUGUUGUAGCGUUUGUGGUUUUUACAAUGCAUUAAAAAACUUGAUUUAAUUUGCGAUUUUGUUAAAAAAAAAAAUGUAACUCUGUUUAGGACUUGUCUAUAACAGCUGAAGGUAUAAUAUUUUAAAAAUGCAUUUUAUCAUUGUGCAAAACAUGGUGGAUUGGUCUUUUAAAAAUCAGAAUAAAUCCAUGUGUAUUGUU